AAACAGAUCAAAACAGACGAACAAAAAUUUUAGCGUCCGCGGAAAAUCGAUGGUCGCUUUCGAAAAAGUUAAAUUUCCUCUAUAAAACGCCGAUAAAAGCUCUGAAUUUUGCGUCACAAAUGUUCCGCUUGUGUUUCUUUGUGAUUUGAACUUAAUACGAAUUACCAUUUUCGAAAUCUCGCAACCGGCGCCCAAUGGAGUCCGAGGAACCGAGCGCGGCAAAGCCGCAAAAACCGUCCGUCCCGAUCACGAUCGACGUCGAGUCGGACGAUGAGCCAGGGGCAAAGGUUGCGGCGACGGCGGCGGCCGAACCCGAGAAACCUCCGCCGGAGAAGAAGACACCGAAGGUGAUUCCGGUCGAUGAGGACGAGGAUGAAGAAGGCGAGAAGGACAAGAAGGGGGCGGAACAGAGUCCGGUUGAGGAGAAAGCUUCACCCCGGAAGCGGAAGGCGCCCGAGGUGAUUGCGCUGGAUGAGGACGACGACGAUGAGCGGGUGGUCGCGGGGAAGGUUGAGGGGGAAGGUGAUAAGAAGGGUGACGGAUUGCCUGAGGUGGUUUCAGAGGUGAAAGAAUCUGACGCUUCCGUUGAGGCUGGCAAAGUGGACGCUCCAGAGGCAGGUGCAGCUGUUGAAGAAGAUGUUGUUCAAAAAUCGCCCGAAAAGGUCGAAGAAGACAUCGCAGAUGUUGAUUGCGAUUCGAAGGUUGAAGAAACGCCAACAGAAAAAGAGUCAGUGGCAGAACCUUCCGUUGAAAAGCAAUUGCUUGUUCAAACGACUGAGAAUACGGAGGAAACGGAAUCUUCGGGUCAAGAGAACAAACCUGAACCUAUUCCAGAAGAGCAACAAAUCAGCGCCGGAGAUCAAUCUCCCAAGGCGACAGCUUCUUCAGACGACUGCGAUCUAAAAGAAGUCGAAUCAGCAGAGUUAGACAAAGAUGUUUUAACUGAGAAGACCGAUGAAGCUGCAGCUGAAGAGGAGAAACCGGUUGACGUGGAACCAGCGCAAACCUCUGCUGAACAACUGGAAAAGCCCGACUCGACCGAAGAACUUGGUGAAACUGGUACAACUGACACAUGUAACGAAGAAAAGGCCAAAAGUCCUGAGCCGCUAACUAAGCGUGAAGAUCCUGAAGAGCGUAAAUCGGCGACGGAGCCAAGUGAAUCAACCGAAACUGAAAAGCCCAACGACCUCGACGAUGACGUUGAAAUGGUGGAAGCGGAAAAGGUCAAAGUCAGCGAAAAGGACGCAGAACCAGCGAAACCAGCAGCAACAGUUGAUGACGAUGACGAUGAUGUCGUGAUGGUCUCUGUGGAGUCCAAACCUUCCGAACCAGUCAAGGUUGAGACGUGCGAAGUGGGCAGCGAGCCGCCUGUUGAAGAGAUCUCAGAGAAGAAGGUUGACGGAACGGCUGAACCGGUGAAGACCGAGCAAGAUGACGACGACGAUGUUGUGGAGGUCGUUGAACCUAAACCGGAUAAGUCGGAAGAAAAGACUGCUGAAACGGAGGUCAAGAAAGAGUCGAGCGACGAUUGCAAGAAAGAAGAAUCAGUUGAACCAACUGAAGCGACAGAAGUCGCCAAAGUUGAGGCUGAUUCCACCAAGUCUGAAGACCAGCAGAAGGUCGAGGAAACACCUUCGGAAAAGCUCCAAAACCCGGACGAAAAGUCCGACGCCAAAAAGAUCUUCGAGCUGGACGAAAAAUCCGGCGAGUUCCUGGAGCGGGACACCAAACCGGAAGAGGCCGUUCCGCAGCUCAUAACGGGCGAUUCGGACGAGGAGGUCGUGAUGGUGGAAAAUGAUGCCGCCAAAGCAGCCGGCAAACCGGAUCCCAAAGCAGAAGCCGUCGCGACUAAACCGCCAGCGAAACCGCUCAAGGAGGUCAUCAGCGUCGAGUGCAUCAACCCGGAGUGUAAGCACGAAACGAAGGAGAUGGCCCCGGCGGCCAACUUCGUGCUGAACUUUCUGGGCCUUCCGAAAAAAGCCAAGAAGCAGCGCAUUUGUGUCACUUGCUUCGACGGAAUCAAAGAGAAAUAUGAGGAGUUUGCUGGCCCGAUAGUCGCGCAGCAUCCGCUGCUGUUUUGCGAAAUGCCCCGGAAGAACGAGCUGGUGGAGAUUUCCGACAGCAGCGAGGAGGAGGAGGACGCGGACACCAAGUCGGAGACGGAGAAGCCCCUGCCGGAGGAUAUCGUUGCGUUGAUCGAUACCGAGCUGAACGACAUUCUGACGAGCACGUUCGAGAAGAUCAACCUGGAACAGCAGAUCGAGUGGACGGAGCAGAUCAUGAAGCAGAAGAUCGCGUACAAUACGAAAAUCUCCGACGAAAUCAACAACGAGUUAAACGAGCUGCAGCGCAAGGUCGAUCGUAUUCACCUGCAACUGUACUCCAAGUCCCGGCCCAAGUAUCAGGAUCUCCCGCCGUGCAACAUCUUCCACGAGGUCGACCUGCUCGGAAAAGCCCACAUAACGACGCAGUCUCAACCGGCAGCAACGCCCACAAACCGUCAAUACUCUCCCCAGAAGCAGCAUCAAUCAGCAACCCCUUCGCAGCAGGCACCAGCCGCAACCGCAGCAGCCGCCAAGGAAGAAUUUGUCCGGCCCGCGGUGAUCGUGGGUCAGUUUUACUUUGCCGUCAAGCACAAACUGCUCAGCAACUGGGCCGAGUGUCAGGUCGUGGAGGCGGUCAACGUCGCGGAUAAGGCGCUCUACAAGGUGAACUUUCUGUUCAACCAGGGCGCCGGCAGCGCACCGAUCAAGGUCGUACCGGCCAAGUAUCUGGCCUAUCGGCACUCGUUCAACGUGAAGCUUCCGCUGGGAACGCGCGUGAUUGCGCGAUUCGACGCCGGAUCGUCCACGGCGCCGCCGGGAAAGGCGAACCAGCAGAUGCAGGCCAAAACGAACGCGUUCUACCCGGGCAUCAUCGCGGAAUCGUUUGGCAAGUACAACCGACACCGGUACUUGAUCUUCUUCGACGACGGGUACGCUCAGUACGUAAGUCACGGCGAUGUCCGGGUUGUUUGCGAGGAGUCUAAAGAGGUGUGGGCGGACAUUCAUCCGCACUCGCAGGAGUUCAUAAAGGCGUACCUGCAGAACUACCGGUCGCAGCGACCGAUGGUACAGGUCAAGGUUGGCCAGCGGAUCAUCACCGAGUGGAAGGGCAAGUGGAUCUACGCCAAAGUGGUUGACAUUGACGCCAGUCUCGUGCAACUCUUUUUCCCCGACGACAAUCGACACGAGUGGAUCUACCGUGGCUCAACGCGACUCGGCCCGUUGUACCAAGAAAAGGCACUCAGCAUGACCAAGGCGAACAACAAGUUCUCCAAGUUCCAGAAGCGCAACGAACCCUCAAUCGAGUACAUUACGCUGGACGACGACGACGACGAUCAGAACAAACAGUCGGACGCUAAAAAGGUGCAACCUUCUCAAGACUUACAACAGUACAACAAAACCCUGCAGCAAACCAUGCUGGACAACGCCGCCGCAAACCGUUCCGUGGCCAAGAAGAGCACCUUCAACCGACCCGUCCCGGCCGCCCCCGCCGCUCCUCAGCAGCCCUCUGCCGUGUUCAUGAACAGCUCGACAAUCUACUGCGAGGACGAUCGCCCCAAGGGCAAAAUCGUGUACUACACCGCGAAGAAGCAUCUUCCUCCGCUCAAGUACAAACAGCACCAGUGUUCGCCAAGCUGCCUGUUCAAAAUCACCCACAACCUCAAAUCGUACAGUCCACUCGCCAAGCCACUCCUCUCCGGCUGGGAACGGCAGCUGUGCAAGAUGAAGUACAAGAAGGUGUUCGUCGUGUACCGAGGACCGUGCGGCCGCCGACUGCGCAACAUGUACGAGCUGCACAUGUACCUGCGCAUGACGAACGCCACUCUGAACGUGGAGAACUUUGACUUUGACCCGGUUAUCCACUGCCUGGCGGAGUACGUGAUCGAGAAUCACAUCUACCACAACCCGGACCUUUCCGACGGCAAAGAGUACAUGGCGGUGCCGUGCGUCAACUACUUUGACGACACGAAACCCCCGCCGUGCAUUUACUCGACGGAGCGCAUCCCGACCGAGGGCGUCAACCUGAAUCUGGACGAGGACUUUAUGUGCGGCUGUGACUGCGAGGACGAUUGCAUCGACAAAUCGCGCUGCCAGUGCUGGCAACUGACGGUGGCGGGUGCCAAGUUCACCAACCAAAACACCCCGAUCGACAACAUUGGGUACGUGUACAAGCGGCUCCAGGAACCGGUGCUGACCGGAAUCUACGAGUGCAACUCCCGCUGCAAGUGCAAGACCAACUGCCUGAACCGGGUGGUGCAGCAUCCGCUCCAAACUAAGCUGCAAGUGUUCAAGACCAGCAAUCGGGGCUGGGGCAUUCGCUGCCUGAACGACGUCUCCAAAGGCAGCUUCAUCUGCAUCUACUCGGGUCACCUGCUGACGGAGGAAGCCGGCAACAAUAUCUGCCAGUCCAACUCGAACAAAGCCGGCGAUGAGUACUUUGCCGAUUUGGAUUACAUCGAAACGGUGGAGCAGCUGAAGGAAGGGUACGAGGCGGACGUGGUCGAGUCGGAGAGCGAAAACGACAGCGACGGGCCGGACUACGACGCCAAGCGGGACAGUGACGCGAGCGAUGACGACUUUACCUCGAGCAUUAACCCGUCGGAUGCGGCAGUGAAGACGCGCGCACAGCUACGGAAGGACGCCAAGAAGAGUGAUAAGAAAUCUCAGAAGAAGAAGGAGGAUCCUAAACAGGACUCUGAUGAUGCGGAGCGCGAAAUGAUCAGCGUGAUGCCCAACACGGACAUGGUCAAGGGGGACGUCGCGAGCCCGUCGAUCAAGUACCGCUCGGUGCGCAAGCUGUUUGGCAAGCACGAACAGAUCUACAUCAUGGACGCGAAAAAGUCCGGCAAUCUCGGUCGUUACUUUAACCAUUCCUGCAACCCGAACCUGUUUGUGCAGAAUGUGUUUGUGGACACGCACGAUCUGCGCUUCCCGUGGGUGGCAUUCUUCGCGCUGAGCAACAUCCGAGCCGGGUCGGAGCUGACGUGGAACUACAAUUACGACGUGGGUUCCGUGCCCGGCAAGGUGCUGUACUGCCAGUGCGGAGCGGAGAACUGUCGCCAGCGGUUGCUGUAAGACUUGAGAGCAGGGUAAGUGUCAUCAUGAGUGUUGUGUUUAGUCCUCCCCCCCCAUUUCCACUAUUGUCGAUUGUGACCAGAUGAAUUGAGAACGUAAUAAAAUGUGCAGACUGUGUAAGGUGAAAUCGAA